CCUCACACAGCCGGACCUCACACCUCCUCAGGCCUGCGAGGGAGGCACUGAAGUUGCAGAGGCUGUGCUGUCUCAGUGCGACAUGGCUGAGGAGCUGAGCCGGCAGCUGGAGGACAUCCUCAGCACGUACUGCCGGGAGUCUAUCUCAGAGGACGCCGGCGCCAUGCUCAACGGCCAGUCACACAGCCUGCUGCUCAACGGGCUGACCGGAGAGCGGGAGCAUGACAAACCAGAGGGAAGCAAAGCCCACAAGGGGGCAGAGAAGGAGCAAAAGAAGGGCCAGGACAAGAAAAAAGUGAAGGGCCUGGGGAAAGAGAUCACCCUGCUCAUGCAGACUCUCAACACACUGAGCACCCCAGAUGAAAAGCUGGCAGGCCUCUGCAAGAAGUACGCCGAACUGAAGAAGCAGAGCCAGCUGGUGCAGGAGAAGGACAACCUGCGCAACGAGCACAGCAAAGCCCUCCUGGCCCGCAGCAAGCUGGAGAGCCUCUGCCGGGAGCUGCAGAGGCACAACCGCACCCUGAAGGAGGAGGGGAUACAGCGAACCCGGCUGGAGGAAGAGAAAAGGAAGGAGGUGACGUCUCAUUUCCAGGUGACACUGAACGACAUCCAGACCCAGAUGGAGCAGCACAACGAGAGGAACGCCAGCCUCCGGCAGGAGAACACGGAGCUGGCCGAGAAGCUGAAAAAGCUCUACGAGCAGUACAAACUGAGGGAGGAGCACAUAGACAAGGUGGUGAAGCACAAAGACCUGCAGCAGCAGCUGGUGGAUGCCAAGCUGCAGCAGGCUCAGGAGCUGCUGCGGGAGUCUGAGGAGCGCCACGACAGGGAGAAGGACUUCCUGCUGAAGGAGGCGGUGGAGUCUCAGAGGAUGUGCGAGCUGAUGAAGCAGCAGGAGGUGCACCUCAAGCAGCAGCUCCUAAAUGGCUUUGUGCUCGACUGGCUUCUGCAUGGUGUGCUGUAUUCUGUGUCCCAGCUGUCGCUGUACACGGAGAAGUUCGAAGAGUUCCAGACCACUUUGUCCAAGAGCAACGAAGUCUUCACCACUUUCAAACAGGAGAUGGAGAAGAUGACCAAAAAGAUCAAGAAGCUGGAGAAGGAGACGGCGAUGUAUCGUUCCAGGUGGGAGAGCAGCAACAAGGCCCUGCUGGAGAUGGCUGAGGAGAAAGCCGUGCGGGACCGCGAGUUCGAGGCUCUUCAGGGAAAAGUGCAGCGGCUGGAAAAGCUCCGGCGGGCGCUGAAGGUGGAGCGGAACGAGCUGAACAAAAAGGUCCAGAACCUGAGCAGCGCCGAGGGCGGCCCCGCCUCAGACCCGGGGACCGACUCCCCGUCGCCCCCGCCCACAGACUCCCUGCUGGAGCCCCGCAGCCCUGCGCCCGACACGCCCCCCUCCCAGCCCGCCCACCGCCACCGCCACCCACAACCAGACUCACACCCUCAGCCAGUGCCAGCACAGGAAUGA